AUGUACGAAAUAUUAUCAUCUUAUGGUGACCAGGCGCACCGAUCCCUUGCUCUCGAUGCAUUCCGAAAUGCGCCAAGACUGGGCCGAACCAACAACUUUGCUGACCUCUUCAAUGACGAUAAGCGUGCAGACUACAUCAAUGGUGUCCUGGUCGUUGCUCUGAUUCUGGAGUGCAUCUUCCUGACCUGGGCUAUCGGUCUCUGUUUCCUGAUGUGCAUGGGCAAGCAAAGAGUUGGAUUUUUGAGUGGCGCACCUUACGAUGCCAGCCUCGACGGAAAUGUGCGGGUUGAAAACCCCAGAGUCAUGCGGGGCAGGGCCACCUUCGGUGUCUCUGGAAUGAUCCUUAUCACUUUUACUUUCCUAUUGAUCUUUUUGGGUAUUGGAAAUCUGGACGAGACAACCACUGAACUAUCCUCAGGUGCUGGACUUGGACGCGAUCUCUUUGUGGAUUCUGGCGACCUGCUCAAUCAGUUCCUCGACACUGCCAAAGCCGCCGUAGAAGCGCGAGAUGCUGCCGUGAAUGCUCUGCAGAAUGCGUUUGAUACUGGAGAUCUAUCCGACAACUUGUCAACCGUUGCUAAUACGUCUUUGUCCACGGCUCAAAAGGUCUCCACGAAGUACGUUAUCAACAACAUCAAUUUUCAGGAACGUGCAGUGGAAGUAGUGGAUCAGCUCUAUGCCUUGGAAGAUAUGAUUCAAAGCCAGUCCACAGAGCUUAGCGGUGUCAUAGGAGAGGGCGAAAAAACAUGCAGCAAUUUGAGCGAUGGGUUGGAUGAAGUAGAGCUCAGGGCUCUGCAGUUGGGCUAUGGAAUCCCCUAUACUGUCGUUCCCGCCUUCAUGAUGGUGCUCAUGGUCCUGACUGCAUUGGGUGUCAACAAUAGCGGCAAGAACUGGUGCACAGCGUUUUGUUUUGUUCCUUUCUACAUCAUUUUGAUCAUUCUACUGAUAGUCUUCACCGGAGCCUUUGCCGUCGGAGGGAUUAUGAAUGGGGAUUUUUGCGCCGGAGGUCAGGAUCAAAGCGCUGCAGGAACACUUCUUCAAAUCAUGGACAACAAAGGAAUAUCCGCCGAUAGCCUACAAUACGAAACAGUUGAGUAUGUCAUCAAUGGAUGUCGGUUCGAUACCCCCGGAGAACAGUUUCCCUUACUGUUUCUUGAGGAAUUUGAUGCCAAGCUCGGGAUUGUUGAACAGCGCUUGGACGAGUUUACCGCCGAGGUCGAUGCUGUCGGAGUGGACGCAUUAGUAGGAGUAGUGGGAAGCGCCAAUUUGACGCGGGUCCGAGAAGGAGUUCGCGUCAUGAAGGAAGAGGCGGUUAGUAUGGUUACCGUGAUAAAGGCUGCCGUCGCAGUGCUUGCUUGUGAACGAUUCUAUGAGAUCUACGUGAAAGUUGCCGAUGACGCCACUUGCGACAAGACGUACAAAGGGCUGGUGUGGUCAUUCUCUUCAUUCCUUGUCAUGUCCUUGUGUGGGAUGCUGAUGAUUACGUUCCGAGCGGUCCUGUACCCUCUUGCAGGUGAUCAGGCGGACGAUUAUAGUUGGAAUGAGGUGAAAGAACAGGAGGGGAUCAAUGCGGCUAGCAACGAUGGCAUUCCGGAUGAAGUCGUAGGAACUAAUCCUUACGAACAGGACGAAGGGGUCAAGGGCUCUACGACGCAAGAAACCGAGGCAGUUCGGACAGAAGCUCCAAUGGGCGGCCAAGCACAACAGGCGUACGAGGCUGUUGGUGACGACAAUCCAUUUGCAGACGAUGGUGGCAACGAUCAGCCGAAGAAGAGUUCAUGGGAGUGA